AUGGUUUCACAUGCUGACCGGGGCAUGGAUACUCACGAUGGGUCUCAUUAUGACCUCUCUUGGGGAGAUAUGCCUGGAGUUCUACUCCCAUGGGAUUGGCAUGCUUCCUAUAGCAUUCAUUACAACAUACUUGCGUCCAGUCCUGAGCCAUUGAUAUCGCCUCCAUACUCUGAGUACUGCCAGAACGAUGUUAUGAUCGGCAGCAUGCUCAAUGAUAAGGACCUGUAUUCUGUAGUGCUAUCAGAAUCUUUGUCCGGCUUGCACGGCGUCGAGGAACAAUUCCAUCCCAAAAGUCGAACAGAACGAGCCUGCCUGUACGAAGAGGCAGCCUUGGACAGCCCGCAAGAUCACUACGGAAGCCCAAGCGCUGGCAUUGCUUCGAUUCUGAGUCUGUCACCACCUGAGGCUGAUCCUGGGCUGCCCACUGGCACCAAGACUGGCAUAAAGACCGAGAGGAAGAAAAGGCCCAGGCGAAAGCUCAGUGACAAAAAGAACGCGAAAGGGACGAAAGCUGGGUCUAGCAAGGGAGAGAGAAAACGAUACAUGCAGAUUUUGGAGAGGAACCGAAGAGCUGCUGCGAAUUGCCGUGCGCGAAAGCAACAUCAACAAGACACGUUAACUGCCGAGGUGGAGAAGCUGCAAGACCGGCAUAAAGAGCUAUCUGCUUCCUGCAACGAGCUUAGGGAAACAGCUUUUCAACUCAAACUCGAGCUGCUGAGGCACGGUAACUGCGACUGCACCCUCAUUCAGCAAUACAUCGCAAGUGAAGCAGUCAAUUCCGUCGAAAACCUCAUUUCGAAACAAUCCCCCCCAACAGUUUCAACCAUUGGGCAACCAUUGGGCAACCAUGGCAGAUCAAUUAACUCACGUUAUCGUCAUAGGAUGAUGUGGCUUGGCUGCAUCUUGCCACUAUUUGCCAUUAUCGGACUUAAUGUCAUGCACAUAAGUCUUUGGCUUUAUCGGGCAACCAAAUGUAACUGCUGCUGGAGGCACGAGUUUAUUAUGAGCACCGCUGGCAUUAUUCCUGACUUUGACGGUUUCGAAUGGGACGGAACGCCAAAUCCCUCCGAGGUAAGUAGCAAUAAUCUUCAAUCAUUGCACAUUCUCACCAUUCCCACCUUGCCAUCUCUGAUCGUAGUCCAGGCUGACGCUUCACAGUCGACGUUAAAUAACAUCUUGAGUCAAUUUGAGCAGGACCCUGUCUUUCUCAAUCCUCUGUACGAGGUGCUUGGUUAUUAUCUGUCGCCAAUCUCACCCACCCCCAACAUACCCCUCACCCACCUACCACCGAACCCCUCUUCAAGCGAGCUAUACAAGACAGGAAAAGCCUUAUCUUGUAUCACCAAUAGCUUUAUUGGGGAUGACGACCUGCGUGUACGGAGCGGGCAGGUGCCGCAGUCAAAGAAUUCCAACACGAAACCCGAUUCAUCCUGGGCCGAUAUGAACCGGGCAAAAGUCCUGCCGCAGGCACUUGCCGCGGGGCCUUUGGAGCAAAACGACUCAACUAAGAGCAAUGAAGAGAGCCCCAUGGGCUUGGAAAAGACUCUACCUGAAGUGAAGAUGCGCUCCGCAUCCCGCAGACCAAAAAGGGUCCACAAGAAACCGGCACUUCCUGCACAUGUCGUUCAAGCUAGGGAGUGCCAUAAUAAUGUAGAGAAACAGUACCGCACCCGCUUGAAACUGAGAUUCGAGCGACUAUUGGCGGUGCUCGAAGCUUCAAAAAUGAAGGGCGAGUCCGGGGGCGAAGGGGACUCGGAAGCACCGGAUUGUGGUUACAGCCGAGGCGAGGUGUUGGAUUUCGCAAGGCAGCGCAUCCUCACCCUCGAAGAAGAGAACAGACAUUUGUCUGCUCGGAUACAGGAUCUGGAGAGAGGAUUCACGACCCAUGAGACACGUUCAGGUCCGUUUAUGAAUGCAUAUAGGGCAUGUAUCAUGUUCGGCCAGGUACCAUGCCGCGAUACAAUCGGAGUGAAACGUAUGCUGACACUCCAGUUGGCGAAGCAUGUCCGUGUCCUUUACCUCACUCAAACAAAUUGCACUAGACUCAGAGCGGGCGGUUACCCACGAGGCGUGAACAUGGCUCAUGAUGUCCGACCUCAUGUCUUUGCUGGUUCUUGGAGGAGCAAGGGAGUCGAGACAAAAGGCGACAAGACGUACUUCGGUGUUCCAGCCAAGAACAUAAUUGUCAAAGCCAUAAGCGGCAGCAGGAUGACAGGCAACCAUGCCGGCAUCCCAUUGCUUGGGGUUGGGUUCUCAGGGCUGCUUACGUGGGUGGUGGUAAGGCUAGACAUGACUGCUACAACAUGA